AUGGGUUCUACAGAUCUCAAGGAGGAAGAAAUUAAUAAUAAUGUAGUUGAGCCAUCGAAAAACUAUGAGAGAAAACGAGAAUUCAAAGAGAAGGUUUUUAUUGAGCGAGAAUCACUUCUAACGUGAGUUUUGGUGAAUAAUUUUCUGAAACACUGAAUUUUUUCAGAACAGAGUUUCGAAAUGGUAAUAUGAAAAUUGUUUAUAAUUGGUUCACCGCUGUUUUCAUUCUAUUUUUCUUGCGAGCACUUGUCGAUGAUAUUUUUGUACAUAAAAUGUAAGUUUUUCUUUUUUCCUUGUAAAGACUGUGCUUCAAAUUAAAGAGUAUGCUAAUUUUGACCUAUAAAAAUACCACCAAAGAUAAUUGUUUUCAAACUCACUUAUUUUAGGCCAUUAUAUCAUACUUGGCUAAUAUGGUGGAAUUUCGAAUCAUUUUUUUCGACAAUGUCCGUUUGGACAGGAAUGUUCCUCUCUACAAUUGGAAUUUAUUACGCUUUUCAAACUUGGGCAAAUACUCCUUCAAAAACUGUUAACAAGGUAAUCCAGACUUUUUUCCUAAAAUUAAAAAGUAUUGAUUUUCAGUCAUUAUUCAUCUUCGCCUACUUAACCUACCUCACAGCCUUUUUCUAUUUCCCAUUGAGAUUUUUAUAUUUGGCAGAGCUCAAAUGUGCGUGCUCAUUUAUCAUCACUUGUGAAACGGUUAGUUAAUUUUUCAUCAGUUUUCCUUAAAAUUAAAGAAAAAGUAUACGGAAAAAGAUGAUCAAAGUAGACAAAAGAAAAUAUUUCAGACAAGAAUUGCAAUGAAAGUUCAUUCUUUCAUCCGAGAGAACUGGGAUCGGGCUGUUUUGUUAAAAACUGGAAAAGAAGAAAAUGUUCAAUGGCCUAGCUUGGAACAGUUUUUGUAUUAUCAGUUCUGCCCAUCAUUCAUUUAUCGGGACGAAUAUCCAAGGUGCGUUUGGGGAUUUAUGGCUUUGGAUAAUGAUAAUUUUGAAUAAUCGAAAAAGGUUUAAAAAUUCGUAAAAUUCUACUUUGUCGCAAACUUUAGAAUAAUCAUGGCCGAGAAAUGUCGGAAACUCGGUCAUCGAUAUAAUUCAGCCAUAUUUUUUUUCCAACGUUUUCAAAUUUUUGCACUUUUUUUGCAGAACAACCUUUUUUCUUGCUAGGAUAUUUUAAUAAUGAUUUCGCUCUUAUAGUAUAGCUGAUUCCAAACCAAUCAUAAAUUUGAAUAAAUCACCUUUCCUAACCACCAAUGUUUUUCAGAACCGAAAAACGUGAUUUGCGAGCUGCAGGACUCUAUUUCUUGGAAUGUCUCCUUAUCAUUGAAUUUGUAAAUCUCGUCUUCACCCAAUGGGUUUUCCCAUGGUUACACAUCCAAGAAUACCAUAGUUUGGGACUUUCAACGAUUAUCUUAUCAGUUUUCACCGGAAUCAUCCCUGGAAUUUUGUGUUUAUUAUGUUUGUUUUAUGGUUUACUGCAUUGUUGGCUUAAUUGUUUUUCGGAACUUAUGCAAUUUGCUGAUCGACAAUUCUAUUUGGUGAGUGGAUUUAGCUUUUUCCAUUAUCAUGCGAUCAAUUUUCAGAAUUGGUGGAACUCUUCAAACAUGGCGGAAUACUAUAGAAAUUGGAACUUGGUAGUUCAUGAUUGGCUAUAUGCUUAUGUUUUCCGAGAUCUUUCAAGUUGUAUCAAAGGAAAAGGUGGUCCAAAGAAAGCGCAAAUGGCUGUAUUUUUCUUGUCAGCAGUUUUUCAUGAAUACUGGUUAGUUAUUUACUGAAAUAUUGAAAUAUAAAAUUUGAGCUCACAAAACUGAUGUGAUGAAUUUUUUAGGUUUGGAGUUGCGUUCCGAGUAUUUUACCCGGUCAUGUUUAUUCUAUAUUUCAUUUUUGGUGGUGUUUUCUUCGCAGUUUCUCGAAUGAUUACAAAUCGAUCUGCAUGGAACACAGCUCUUUGGUUUAAUUUAUUGAUUGGUACUGGUAUGUUCAUUUCAUUUUAUGGGCAAGAAUGGUAUGCUCGAAGAGGACAUUGUGAACCAUAUUCAAAUGUGAUUAUUGAUUCAAUACUUCCUCGGCAUUGGAAUUGUCGGGUUUGA